AAUUGAAUAAAUUAAUUGAGCCGAAAAUCCUAGUAAAACUUAGAUAAAAUUAAAAGCAAAAGAACCCUUGUUUUUGGAGUUUCUUUCUCGAACUAUAAAAAUAACACCCAAGUUGCUGCCGUGAAAAAAUGAGAUUUGACUUUCCUUGUACUAAAUUAGUAAUGGAAGUGUAAAAACCAGCAAACUGAAGAGGAAAAAUGCUUUGUAGCCGUGAGAUUUUCAAUUUUUUAGUGAGGAAAGAUGUGAGGAAGAUACUGAAGCGGAAGGACAGCGAUGCUGGCGAAAGAGGAAAAGCCCUGGAGGAGUUGCAUGCUUCCCUCUUUAACAAAUUCCGCUCAUCUGAAAGUUCAAAGUAUCAACAGCAGCGAAUUAGUGGCCCUGUUGCUGCUCUUACGUUCAACUUUAUAGUUGCUGUUGGUAUUAUUUUCAUGAACAAAUGGGUACUUAAAAAUGUAGGAUUCCAGUUUCCAGUAUUUCUGACUUUUAUUCACUAUGCUGUCAGCUGGGCAUUGAUGGCCAUUUUGAAGUCUUUUUAUCUCCUCCCAGCAUCUCCACCCUCAAAAUCAACCCCUUUGUCUUUGUUUAUUCUUGGUAUUGUUAUGUCUUUAUCUACUGGUCUUGCUAAUGUCAGCUUGAAAUACAACAGCGUUGGAUUUUAUCAGAUGGCUAAGAUUGCUGUCACACCAUCUAUUGUCCUUGCAGAGUUUAUAUGGUAUAAAAAGACAGUCACUUUCUCCAAGGUGAUUGCACUAACAGUUGUAUCUAUUGGUGUUGCAAUCGCUACGGUUACGGAUUUACAAUUCAGCCUCUUUGGAGCUGGUGUAGCGUUGGCAUGGAUAAUCCCUAGUGCUAUCAAUAAAAUCCUUUGGUCCAACAUGCAGCAACAAGAGAAUUGGACGGCAUUGUCGUUAAUGUGGAAAACAACGCCAAUCACUUUGCUUUUUCUGGUUUCUAUGAUUCCUUUCCUUGAUCCCCCUGGUGUGCUCGCCUUCCCUUGGAGCUUCAGCAAUACAUCAGCAAUCCUUGUGUCAGCUUUUCUUGGCUUCUUGCUUCAGUGGUCAGGAGCUUUGGCACUUGGGGCUACAUCCGCAAUUUCCCAUGUGGUUUUAGGACAAUUCAAAACUUGUGUUCUGCUUCUUGGAAGUUGUUACAUUUUUGGUUCAAAUCCAGGCACAAGCAGUAUUUGUGGAGCAUUUAUAGCUAUUGGUGGCAUGUCCUUUUUCACAUAUCUGAAUUUACAUGCUAAGAUGCAACUGUGGCCUCUGAAGGUUUACUCCUCUUUGCCAAAGUCCAAGUUGGGCGAAGGCAAUGGGGAGAGGUGCGAUGGAUUUGGUGCAGAAAGUGUCUAAAAAAAAAAGAGAAUUAUCUUAUCUGCGGAUACUAUUUGACAUGAGAUGCUAAAAGUCUAUUAAAUUUUUUGGAACCGAUCUAAUGAUUUCAAUGUUCAUAGUGUAGUUGCAGCUUUUGCCAGUAACCUCCCUUUAGCAGCGUUUGGUUAAGAUGUAACAAGUGCUUUGUUAUUAUGUCUACUGUUCAAGCAUUGUACGUAUAUAUAUCUGAUUUGAUUAAAAUGGUUCUACGCUUGGAAACUUUCAUGGGGAGAAAAAGCCAAAAAGGAAAGAGGGAGAGGAGAAAGAAAUAAUAUGAUAUACCAAUGGGUGAAAACAGAGCAAAGAAAGAUGAUGAAGAUAGAUGAAUUCGGUUCAUUCUUCUUUUUAUUUUUUUUUCUUGUUUUUGUUUUUGAGAGUAGGAUUUCAGUAAAGUUGAAUUUUCAUUAC